CUCCAUCUUUCGAAAAAAUUUGGAGAAGUUGAGAAAGCAUAACAACAAAUUUUAGCCGGUGCAAUAAUUUUUACUUAAAUCCAAUUUUUUCCGGCUAGAAAAGCAAAAUAUUCGUGUCAUUUGCAAUCAAUUUUUACUCUCCUGGUGCACUACUGAAGAAUGGCAGAAAAAUUUAAAAUCCUCGUUUGCGGAGAUGUGAACGGGAAAUUCAACAAGCUCUUCUCGCGGAUUGAAAGCAUCAACGCGAAAAAUGGCCCUUUUGAUUAUUUAUUCUGCGUGGGAAAUUUCUUUGGGGACCGUUCAUCCUCAGCCGAGUGGAAUCUCUACAAAAACGGAACCUUUACUGUUCCAAUUCCUACCUGUAUCAUUGGUCCCAGUGACCCGAAGCAACUUUCACACUUCACCGACCCCAAUGGCUGCGAAUUGUGCCCCAAUGUAAACUACUUAGGAAAGAGGGGUCUUUUCAGCUCAAGUGAGGGUCUGAAAAUUGCAUACCUGAGUGGCAAGGAAGGUGCCAAAUCAGACAGCUGCACCUUCACUGCCGAAGACGUGAGCGCAGUCCGAGAUUCCUGCCUUAGAAAUCAGUCAAAUUACAAAGGGGUGGACAUCCUGCUCACUUCACAGUGGCCUCAAGGAGGCAAAGAUGGUCAAGAAGGUUCAGCUCUCAUUAGUUGGCUUGCCGUCCAAAUAAAGCCUCGCUACCACUUUUGCGGACUCAAGUCCUUCUUCUUUGAGAGAGCGCCCUACCGCAACCAUGACACCGGGGACAACGUUGACCUGCCUACGAGACUGAUUGCCUUGUCGUCAGUUGGACAGAAAGACAAGUGGGUCUACGCCCUCAACAUCCAGCCUGUCAUCUUUAUUCCGCAAGGCGAACUUGCUCAAAGGACAACUGAUGAAACACCUUGUCCUUAUCCAAAUAGCCCAAGUCUGCCGGGGGCAACUGGAAAUAAAAGGGAAGGCCCAAGCCAGUUCUUCUAUGAUAUGGACGCCGCAGCAGAAAUGGGAGCAGGGAAAAAAAAGCAACGUAGGGAGACGGACGAGGAGCGGCAGCAAAGAUUGGCCAACCAGGCGCCCUGCUGGUUCUGCCUCUCCAGCCCUCAGGUUGAGAAGCACAUGGUCAUCAGUGUUGGCACAGAGGUGUAUCUGGCCCUGGCCAAAGGAGGCCUCACUCCAGACCAUGUUCUCAUCUUGCCAGUCACUCAUCACCAAGCUGCGUCUCAACUACCACCUGAAGUGACUGAUGAAGUCAAAAAAUUCAAAUCUGCGCUCAAGAAAUUCUUCAAGAAGAGGCACAACAAAGCGGUAAUUUUCUUCGAACGCAAUUACCGCACCUCCCACAUGCAAGUCCAAGCUGUCCCCAUUCCAGCCUCGGCAGCUCCAGAUGCAAAAGCUGCCUUCCAAGAGUGUGCGGAAGAAAAGGGUUUGCACUUGACAGAACUGCCUGACCACUCUGACCUGAGUCAAGUGGCACCUUCUGGCACCCCCUACUUCCACGUGGAACUCCCUAGUGGAGAUCAGCUGUACAUGACAGCAAAGAAAAAUUUCCCUCUGCAAUUUGGAAGGGAGGCACUCGUAGGUCCCAGUUUGUUGGACAUGCCUGAAAAAGUGGACUGGAAAGACUGCCAAAUCAGCCAAGAAGAGGAAAAGGCAAACACUGUCAAGUUCAGGGAGGAGUUUGAGCCGUUUGAUUUCACCAUUUAGGUUUUUAAAAAGAAAACAGUUGUUUUAAGUUAAUUCUUAUUAUUACGAAAUAACUAGAGCAUCAUCUGUACAGAAUUAAAUUGGACAACUAAGAGCAUAUUCACUUCUUAUUUUUCUUACUGGAGGGUUGUGGCAGCCUGUACUUGGCCAUUUCAACUUCCGCCUCAAAGUACGAGGUGUCAUUGUAGCAGUAAUAUUCAGGGUUCUUGUAGUCGCCAUCCUUCUUUGCGCCAGGACCAACAGCUGGCAAAAGGAACAGAUCUGUAUAUAAUUUCACUUAAUAAAUUUUUUAUAACUUACCGGUGCUAGGUACAUUGACGCAUUUUGCGCUCAGCCCUGGUACGUUAGCGUUCACGUUCGAGGAACCAGAACUCUUGGUCGGGGUCGAAAGUCCUCGUAAGGCGACCUGCACAUUAUUAAUUUUUAUUAAAUCAUAAAAUGUUUUCUAACAAUAAGUUAAAAGUUAAGUUAAACACAAAUAUCACAAACCUUGAAAGCUGGUUGGUUCAAUCUCAGAACCGAUCUGGCUGGGCUUGCCAUUAUUGUAAAAUAAAUCUGCAAA